AUGAGCGAUCAUCUGACAUAUCCGGUGUAUUUUUUAAAAGGGUACAUGGGCUAUGAAAAUGAAGAAAUGUGGGAUAUUAAUUCCGCGGAGCUGGAAAUGAUUGACAUAGAAGCUGAAACAACAGACGACGACAACGAUGAAAAUGUAAUAUCUGGCUAUGAAAUAGUCCAAAUCGACGAAUACGAAAUUUCUAAUAAAAAUAUUCAAACCAAACCGUUAUCGAUCGAGGAAACGGAAAAGGUUGCAAAUUCAAAGAAGAUACUGCAAAUUCAAGAGGUGGAUACAGAACCAAACUUGGUUUUAUCAGAAUCGUCGAAACAUUUCAAUUUAUUUACGCCAAAACAAUUACCCCAAACUGUUAACUUGGCAAAUGUAAGACCUCCACCUGCAGUAGGUAAACGGAAGAAUAAAAAUGCCUGUUUGAAUACAUCGAAUGUUAAACAGACUUCUGAUGUAAAGAAUGCAAGUAAUGCAUUGACUCCGUAUCCGGAAUGUCCCCUCUGUAAAAUUUUAUUUCCGAAAUUUGGUGCGUUAAAACAACAUUUCGAAUUUGCCCAUCCCGGUAAAGAAUGCCACAUUAUCUGUUGCGAUCGUAGACUCACGCACCCUAAAGAAAUUGUCGACCAUAUUUAUCAUGAACAUGAACAGGAGCCCGAUGACUCGAUUCAAAUAAAAUCAAGGGAAUACGAACAAUUUAUACAGCAUUACUUACCCAAAAUGCGGUGUGCUUUUUGCUCGAGUGAACACAAUAGUUUUGUGUCGCUCAAGGAGCACUUUAUGGCCCAACACCCGGAGGAAAUUUGUUCCAUUACCUGUUGUAAUCGCAAAUUUUCCCGCCUGGAGACAAUAACCGAACACAUACGAGUCCACUUGGAUCCGCAAACAUUCCACUGUCGUCUGUGCAACAAGUCGUACAUGACCAAAGUCCAUCUGGAUAGUCAUAUGCGUCAAACACACGCAAUGCUCAGUAACAAUUUACUAUAUUACUAUUCCGCCGAUGUAUCGAGGACAAAUAAAUCGGUGGCAAGGAUCAAAUUUGAGGACCUUAAUGAAUUCAUAACGGCUUUUAUACCACAAUUGAAAUGUGUUGUUUGUUCGGCAGUAUAUCAGAAUUUUAGCCAAUAUAUUCGUCACUUUGCCGUCUGCCAUCCAUGUUUCAAAUGUAAAAUUGUUUGUUGUGGUCUGCAUAUUCACGAGCGUCAUGACAUCGAGGAACACAUACAUUUGCACAAUGAUCCAAGUGGUUUUAUGUGCAUAGUUUGUCGCAUGAAAUUCCGAAAAAGGUCCUAUCUAUUUGAACAUAUGUGUCGUCAUCAUCCAUUUUCGGGUAAUAGUGAUGUUUUGAAUUGUAAAUGGGUUGAGGAGUUUAAUAAGAAGAAUAUACCAAUAAUUUCACACAUCCCAAAAAACAAGCCUAUUAAACAGAGCGAGGAAAAGAAGCCAAAGAAGCGGUGUAAUGAAAAAACAUCCAACAUAAAUCUGAAAGAUGAAGAAAUCAGCGCUAUUAAUAAACUUCUUUUGGAAUGGGGUACACGAGCACAUAUAAACGAUGAUCAAUAUAUUGGUAUAGCAGAAAUCAAAAAACAAGCUAACCUAUUGCGAAAUAUACUUAACGUCGACGACUACAAGUGUGACAAGCAAUUCAUUGUCAAAUUUUAUGAAGCUGUGGCGAAAAAAUCUCAAGUUCUACCACCUGGUUCAAUGUAUUAUUCGCUGAAUUAUAUGGAUAUUUUGGAAAAUUGUAAACAGCGCAUACAUCCCUCGGUGUAUUCAGCUUUUAGGGAUAAACUACUAGCCAUUGCACCGCCGCAAAUAUUUAGAGACCAACUAGUUUUGUAG